AUUUUCCUCUUGUAGAGGAAUUUUUCAAUAAUAGAAAACAAGAAAACAAAUUGUGCAUUUUUACUAUUAAAUUGUGUAAAAAUAAUAGAAAACAAAUUGUGCAAAAAAAUAUCAGAAAGUUGCGUGGCCCCCGGAAUCGAUUUUCACUUGAAGCAUGGAUACAUAGAAUUGUGCCAGAAAUUUUUUGCUACAGGGCCUUUCCAACAAACCUAUGUGUCUUUUUUUUUAAAUAUUGUAGCCUUAAACUAAAUAAAGUUGUACAUUAAAAUAGAAAAUUAAUUACAAAGGAAAAAACAACAAAAGUUUAAAAAAUUACAAUUUGGAGUUUUUUUUACGUUUUUCAAGUGUCAAUUGUUUUGAACAAGAAGAAGCAUUGUGUUGAGUGAUUGUGUUUGUGUGUACGUGCGAUCGCCAAAAAAAGCAAGAAAAAAGACAAAACUUGCGCAACAUACACAUUCUUAUUUUAAUGUGAAAAGAAGAAAAUAAUAAAUAAAAAGUAGUACAAAUAAUAAAUCGUUUGAACCGUAUCAAGAGUAAUUGACAUAAAGCCCAGUUUCGUGAUAUGCAACAUCAGCAUCCACGCACAUUGGAAGCUUCGGCUGCUGCUCAUACAUCUGGAGGUGCUUCGUAUGAUGGUAAAAUUGCAGGCCUCUAUGAUCUGGAGGAGACACUGGGAUCUGGCCAUUUUGCAGUGGUCAAAUUGGCACGGCAUGUUUUUACGGGUGCCAAAGUUGCCGUUAAGGUAGUGGACAAGACAAAGCUAGACGAAGUAUCCAAGGCUCAUUUAUUCCAGGAAGUGAGAUGCAUGAAAUUGGUUCAACAUCCCCAUGUUGUACGUUUGUAUGAAGUCAUUGAUACACAAACUAAAUUAUAUUUAGUUUUGGAACUGGGUGAUGGUGGUGAUCUUUACGAUUACAUUAUGAAACAUGACGGUGGUCUUAAUGAACAGUUGGCACGUAAAUAUUUUCGACAAAUAUUACGUGCCAUCACAUACUGUCAUCAAUUACAUGUUGUUCACAGAGAUCUCAAGCCUGAAAAUGUGGUAUUUUUUGAAAAGUUGGGUGUUGUUAAGCUGACAGAUUUUGGUUUUAGUAAUAAAUUUUCGCCUGGUCAAAAAUUAGAAACCUUUUGUGGCAGUUUGGCCUAUUCAGCACCUGAAAUUUUAUUAGGCGAUUCUUAUGAUGCUCCGGCUGUUGAUAUUUGGUCUUUAGGGGUUAUUUUAUACAUGUUAGUUUGUGGUCAGCCACCCUUUGAAAAGGCAAAUGAUUCCGAAACUUUAACAAUGAUUAUGGAUUGUAAAUAUUCCGUUCCACCCCAUAUAUCAGCUACAUGCCGAAAAUUAAUCGCCUCUAUGCUAGUUAGAGAUCCUAAAAAACGUGCAACACUAGAGCAAAUAGCGUCAGACGAUUGGGUUAAAGAAAAUCCCGAAGGUGAUAACGCCGACUAUUUGCCUCUAAUAAGUCGGGAGCAAUUGAGCGAAGAAGAUCAUGCCUUCAUCAUACAAAAGAUGAUACAAGGCAAAAUAGCACCCAAAGAGGAUAUCUUACAAGCCUUAGAUAAGGAUAAAUAUAAUCAUAUAACAGCCACAUAUUUUCUAUUGGCUGAAAUGCGUUUACGCAAACGUAGAGAAGAACAACAUUUGAAACAAAAUCCUCAUUUGGCUCUAGGGAAAAAAAAUGUUAUUGGUGGUGUGGGGCGUGCUCAGGUGCCGGAUAAAAAAGCUAAACCUUUAGAGGGUGGCAAACAAAUGGUGGUGCCCAUUAAUAUUGUAUGUGCACCAGAGCCAAUACAAAAUGAAAUUAAAACGGACAAACGCACAAGAAAAUGUAGUAUUGUGCGCGAAGAGGACGAGGAGGAGUCAUCAAAUGAAUUAUCCUGUGAAGGUAAUGAAUUAAAAGUUGCCACUACUAGACGGGAAUCCAUAUCGGAUGGGCGUUUAAAUCGUUCAGUACAGGAAAAGUGUUCAAACGUUGUGGCCGUUGUUGGGUCUGGCAACAAGGGUGGCUGUGAUAUUGAUGCAGACACUGAGAUGGACACACAAACCAAAAUGGUUGUAUCUGUUGAUGCUGCGCUGGCGCAGAAACUUAAACAAAUUGAAAAGGGUACAACCAAUGAGGAUGGAGACUCAGCACAACAGCCAAGUGAAUCAUUGGACAAGUCUCUUGAAAUGCAGGAUACUUUGCGGGGCCUAAAAGAAUUGGAAAUAGGAAAAUUGAAACAUCUGCCCGGUAAAAAUCCUGUAUUAACACACAGACGUCACACAAAAUUGAAUAAAAUACGCACGCCUUCAUGUAGCAGUUCAGAAGCUUCUGAUGACGACACAAAAAGUCGCAGUAAAAAGAAGAUGCACAAACUGGUGGGUGAUACGCCAACACGAUUUCGUAUGCAUCGUCGCGAUUCACAUGAUGAUUCUAGUGAUUCCCAGGACCAGGGUUUCCCCACAGCUGGACAGCAUGGUGGUCAUGAUUUGAUUGCAACCUCCAAUGCAAGCAACAAAAAAGAGGGACAAAAUCAGCAGAAUAAAUCUGAAUCAGAUACGCGCAAUAAAUCUUCUCAUACUCAUUCACAUCAGCAUUCACACAAGCAUAAAAAUAAACAACCCAAAGAUAGUCUGGAGAAGCACAAUUCGUUGGUGGAGAAAAAACAAUUGGCGUCAUUAAAUCAAAAUGUGCGACGAAGACGAAUACGUGAAAGUCAAUCGCUAGAUCGCAUCACAGAGGCUCAAGAGUAUGAGAUGAGGCAUCAACACAAUCAUCAUUAUCAUCAUCGUCUGUCAUACUCGGAAACAGAACGCUACACUUAUGAGCAACGUAACUCUCUAUUCAAUUUGCAUACAUUUCCUGAGGCAAAGGAAGAAGAAUGUGACGAUAACGAUGCCAGCAGUAAUUGCGGUGGAGGUGAAAACAAUUCAGAUUUUGCCAAUCAAGCAGAGCAAUUAAGAAAUUCAUUAAAUACCCUUAAAAUUCAUUGUGGCGGUAGUGGUGGCGGCGGAGUGUGUAGUAGCGUUGGGAGUGGCGGUGAAGAGAGUACAACAAAUUCGAAUACAAGUAGUUUAAAAUCCUCCCAUACCCAUAGCUCUGCAAGCAGCAUUUACAAAUUAAAUUCCAUAGAAGAAAUCGAUUUGAUUCUCAAAGAGAAGAGCUUAACUAAAACCAUACAGGCCACUAGCUCAAAGUGUUUUGUAACUAUACGAAAAAUACGUAAAUUAGGCAAGUAUUUUCCGGUAGUAAAUUUUUCGUAAUAAAUCCAAGUUCUAAAAUAACAAUUAAAUCAAACAAUCGAUCGAUUCGAUUCAAAGGAAUGUGGUCAAAAUCAACACAUACAAACUUAAACUUAUUGAAAGACGCCAACCAACAAGACGCAGUAUUUGGUUAAAAAACACAAACACACAGAUAAUGUUGUUCAGUUUACAUUAACAAUAUUUAUAUAAAGAAACCCUUAAAAAUAAUUGUGGUAAAAAACCUUUGCAUUCAUAUUCAAUAUGUGUCGUACUUGUCGUACUAUCAUCGUCGUAUCUUUAGAGUUACAUAAAUACAUACAAUAUAUCGCCUGUUUAUUAGAGACUAGUAAAUUACAAAAUACAAAACAUGAAAAUAAAUUCAGAAGAAAAAAAAUCCAGAAAUACAUAUUAAACACACAAAAAAUCAAAUAAUAUUAUUAUACAUACAUACAAACUUAUAUAUUUCUAUAUUUGCAUAGUUUAUUUUUAAUUUAAUAUUAAAAUUAAGUGUAAUCUAUUACUCUAUACAUUACUUACUGUAUUCUUCAUCCAUACAAAUUAUUACUUACUACCUUACCUAAAUCCAUAAAACUAUUACUUAUCAAAACGCAAAAAUACAUGCAUGUCAACAUUCUCCCAUACUCUCUCCAUCCAUCCCUCUUCAUCAUCAAUCACCAUCUUCAAAUAACAACAAACCAUACAUUCAAUUCAAUAUUUAUUUGUUGAUCAAUUGAUAAUGAUAGAAAAUCAACACAUACAAUACAUACAUACUAUAAAAAUAAAUAUUUGUGUAAUAACUAUUAAAAAUAAAAAUAAAACUACAACAACAAAACAAUUCUUAAAAAAGUAAUAAUAAAAUAAUAGAUGAUCUUGAA